GCCAGAACUGAACUCCCAGUUUUCACUCUCUGAAGUCUGAACGGUACUUCCAAAGCUUCCAACAGUGCAAAACCAGCGUACAAACAAAGAACAACAUUGUUUUCAUCGAAGCCCACAUUUCACACACACAUUUACUGCACACCUAUUCAUAGUACACGGACUUAAACCCCACUAAAAGAGAAGAAAGUGUCACUGUUCAUAGAAAAAUUUGUUCUUUCUCUCACAAAGCGAUUCAAGAAAGGCUUGCAAGUUCAUGUGGAGGGGAAGAUUUUUGUUGUUGUGGGUGUGAGGUUGUGUGGCUUUUCUUGGAGCAAAGCUGCUUCCUCAAACUCAAAUAGGAUAUGGCUGCAAUAACAAGUCCUGGCACACAAAUUGUAGCACCAAAGUCUUGUAUUCCUGCAUCUCAUGGAUUUUCCAGAUCAAGAAUCACAUACUUUGGCAACAAAAAGAAAGGCUCGUCUUGGACAAAGCUCAGGAGCUUGUCUUUCAUGUCAGCUACACAGUCAUUUUCCAAAACCUAUGGCUCCAAGUUGUUAAAAUCUCAAAGGCAUGUAAUAAAAGCAGUGGCAGGAGAAGGUGAUAAGCAGCCUUUGCCAGGAUUACCCAUUGAUUUGAGAGGCAAGAGGGCAUUUAUUGCUGGUAUAGCUGAUGAUAAUGGUUAUGGAUGGGCAAUAGCAAAGUCUCUUGCAGCUGCUGGUGCUGAAAUUCUCGUUGGUACAUGGGUGCCUGCACUAAAUAUUUUUGAGACAAGCCUACGUCGUGGAAAGUUUGAUGAAUCACGAGUGUUGCCAGAUGGUUCUUUGAUGGAAAUUACCAGAGUCUACCCAUUGGAUGCCGUCUAUGACUCUCUUGGGGAUGUUCCUGAAGAUGUCAAAACAAAUAAACGUUAUUCCGGGUCUUCAAAUUGGACUGUGAAGGAAGUUGCUGAAUCAGUGAAACAGGAUUUUGGCAGUAUCGAUAUUCUUGUGCACUCACUUGCCAAUGGUCCAGAGGUUAGUAAGCCUCUUCUGGAGACAUCCAGAAAUGGUUAUCUAGCAGCUGUCUCUGCAUCAAGUUAUUCUUUUGUUUCUCUUCUCAGGCAUUUCCUUCCCAUCAUGAAUCCAGGCGGUGCUACAAUUUCUCUGACAUACAUUGCAUCAGAGAAAAUCAUACCAGGAUAUGGUGGUGGCAUGAGUUCCGCAAAGUCUGCUCUGGAGAGUGAUACAAGGGUGCUAGCUUUUGAAGCUGGAAGAAGACACAACAUUAGAGUUAACACCAUAUCUGCAGGCCCAUUGAGGAGUCGUGCUGCAAAAGCUAUUGGUUUUAUAGAUAUGAUGAUCGAUUAUUCACUGGAGAAUGCACCCUUGCAGAAGGAACUAACAGCUGAUGAGGUUGGCAAUGCUGCUGCUUUUCUGGCAUCCCCAUUGGCUUCAGCCAUCACUGGUGCUGUCGUUUAUGUGGACAAUGGUCUUAAUGCAAUGGGAGUUGGGGUUGAUAGCCCAGUAUUCCGGGAUCUUGAUAUUCCAAAAGCCAACAAAAGCUAGUGCUACUAGUCAGUAGUUUCACAUUCACUGAAGUCAUUGGGAAAUUUUGGUAUAGGAAUAAGGUUGGGCUUGUAAUUUCUCAUGGUCUGCAGUAUUCUUAGAGAAAAGGUCAAUUAAGAAUAGUCAUUUUGACCGGAAAACUUGCUUCUUUUCUAGGAACAUUUCGAUGGUUGCAGCAAAUGUUGUACUGCAACUUUAUUAUAAACCCUGUCCACCUAAUUGACUGUUGUAAGCUGUUUGCAUUUACUACUUGGCUUACAUUUGUAAGGCUGUAA